CGGAUAGCGGCACCAUGAGCAGCUCGGGCGGGGCGGCAGCGGGGUCCGUCAGCUCCGCGCCGCCCGCGCAGGAGGAGGGCAUGACAUGGUGGUACCGCUGGCUGUGUCGCCUGUCGGGGGUACUGGGGGCCAUCUCUUGCGCCAUCUCCGGCCUCUUCAGCUGCAUAACCAUCCACCCUGUGAACAUCGCGGCUGGCGUGUGGAUGAUCACCAACGCCUUUGUCCUGCUGCUCUGCGAAGCGCCCUUCUGCUGCCCGUUCAUCGAGUUCGCCAACACGGUGGCAGCGAAGGUGGACCGGCUGCGCUCCUGGCAGAAGGCUGUCUUCUACUGCGGGAUGGCCGUCGUUCCUAUCAUCAUCAGCCUGACCCUGACCACGCUGCUGGGCAACGCCAUCGCCUUCGCCACCGGGGUGCUGUACGGACUCUCCGCCCUGGGCAAAAAGGGUGAUGCAAUCUCCUACGCCAGGAUCCAGCAGCAGAAGCAGCAGGCGGACGAGGAGAAGCUCUCAGAGACCCUGGAAGGGGAGCUGUGAUGUGGCCCGCGUGACUGCCCGCCCUCUCGCCCCUCUGGUUCUGCGUGAGCAGGUUCAGGACGGACGGGCCUGAAGCACGGACCCUGAGGGCCAGCGUGGGAGAGGAGUCUGGGCCUGGCUCCCACCAGCUCUGCUCCAGUCCCCACAGCUGGAGUCCUCCUGCCGCCCCUCCUAGGAUCGUGUCUCUUGGCCCUGAGCUGGUGCAGAGGUGCUGGGGCGAGGGCUCUGAGGGCGUGACCGGCAGCAUGGAGGUGGGCCGUGACCCGGGCCACAGGACCCGAGGCGCAGCCCUGCGGACAGAGUUUCACAGCACAGCCCCACCCCGCGCAGCCUUGGUGGUUCCGGCCCUCUGCAGCUGGCGGGACCACUGGGGGCCCGCUGCAAGCCUGGAGGAGCUGCCCUGGCCACGCCGCCCUGUCUGCAGUGGGAGGCCUGGACAUCGUCCGGAGGGAGCCGCCUCUGAGCCCUGCAGGCCGCGAGGCUGAGCCACCCGAGCCCACCUCUGUCCACCUGCCGGCAGGCUGAGCGGUGUCCUGAGGGCUGUCUGUGCUGCCCAAGGCCCCUUGGCCCCCAUACUCCGCAGGAGCCCCCAGUGCUGCCCCGAUGCGCAGUGCCCUGGCCCCGGACAGACCAUUUCAGGACACUUCCCGUGGGCCCGGCUCUUCCCAUCCCUCCCUCCCCUGGUGCUAAGGAAGUGGGUGGUCCUGCCCUGUAGCAGC